AACUGCAGCAGCAACAGCAGCGAAAACUAUGUGAAAAACAGUUGUAAUUGUUAAUAAUUGUAAAAGUGCAAUGUAUUUCGUGACGUCGCAUGGGAAAAUAAAAGCUUGCUCUUGUUAUUUCUAAACGUACAUAGCGCAUAUGUAUAUAUAGAUGUAGGCAUGGUUGAGACGACAAAAUUUGGCAAUCUGGAGGCCUACACAUAUCUGCUUGUGACGCUAAAUUUAACGCUUGCGUUAAUUGUAAUGUUUUUCAAUUGUCUGUGCUGCAAGAAAAGAAUACCAAAAAAUGAUUUGCUCGGCCUGGAGGGCAUGGUGAAGCUAAAGAACCCCGACGAGGUUAUUGUGGUCAGCAGCAACAAUUCGAACGCAAAUACGAAUGCGGCAACAAAUAGCAACAGCCUGGUGCACAACAGUGAGUCACAAGCAGAGCUAAAUGCGUCUACGGUCUCAAAUGCUGACUCAGAAAAGAGAUCUAGCACAGCGGCGCAUCGCAGCUUGCCGGACAUACCCGUUGCGGAGAACAACGACAAUGGCUCCGAAUUGUAUGAGACUGUUGCCGACAAGCAGCUGGCCAAUGCGCAUAAUCAAAGUCCAGCUCAGCCCAGUCUGAAGAAGCAAACCAGCGUAUCGCAGCAUAGCUCCAUCAGCCAGGCGGAUGAUGUUAGCUCGCCGUAUUCGCGCGUUAAGGGCUUGCCGCACGAUUAUGCCAAGGUGCGUGGCACCGAGCAUCCGUAUGCGCAACUCAAUGCACCGUCUACCUCCACCUCUGCUGUAGCAGCAACAAAUGCAAGCAAUUCCAGCAGCAAAGCUGCAUGUUCGCAACAUGGCACCGACUCACUGCAGCGUGGCUCACAGCUCAGUGGCGAGUCGACACAGCACCUGAACGAUGAAUCCACUUCGCAGGUAGAAAUACCGGCUGCAUCGGCUAUUGCGGGCAUGAUAUCGGCCAGUCAGGACCUGCCCUAUAUGACGCCGCCUAUUGCAAAUCAACAUUUUAGUGGCGACUCACAAGACUCUUCUAAGGGAUAUACGAGCAUUAGCGUGCGCGAGCCGCUGGCUAAUAUUCUGGCACAGCAACCGCCGAGCAAACAGACGGCCAGAAAAACUACGCUGACGCGUGAUGUCAAUGACUCGCACUAUGCAACCGUCUCAGACGAUUCGGAUGAAACCUAUGCGGCUAUUGAGGAUCCCAACAAUCGUCACAUACCAAAUGCCACCGAUAUUUAUACAAGCGGUUCAGAGACCUAUGCACAAAUCCAGCCAAUGCAGGCUAAUCCCAUUGUGGUAGCAGUUGAGAUUAACAACAGCAGCAGCUUGUCGGCAGCAAGUGCAGCGACAGGCAGUAGCGGGCAGCUGCCGCCGCCGAAUCACAGUACGGGCAGCGGAUCGACGCACCGAGUAAGCAGCAGCAGCAUGGAGUAUGCUGGGCCCGUGCCGCAUCAUGUGGAUAGUUUGCGCGCACAAAUGCACUCGCGGCAAGCAUCUUCUUCGUCGUCUGUGUGCAAUUUAGGCUCGCCCAAACCGGAGAAGCGGCAGGCAAAUUCUCCGUUGCCUCCUACGCCCAAAGCGAGUCUCAGCCAGUCGCAGGGGCAACAUCACCUUCAUUCAGCAGCAAGCAGCAGCAAUCUUACAUCUGGGCGCAGCUCUGUUAUAUCUGUAAUUGAAGCCGGCGGCGAGGGCAACAACGAAGCCAACGAUGCUAGCAAUGCAUCCCCACAGCGCAAGCACAGCAAGAGUCUAAGUCCAUCCAAAGAUGUUGAGGGCAGCAGAAACAUCGAGGGAAUGUACGCCAAGGUGAUGAAGAAGCACAAGUUCUCCUCACACCAGCCGGAGGUACUUGGGGUCAGUCCCUUGGAUAGUGCAGCAGCGGCGCUUCUAAUGGAUCCACUGAAGCUGACGGCAUCUGGGUCUGACAAGAGUCGUGUGCGCAGCAACAGUUACACUGCCAAAGAUCAUGGAUACGAGACGAUACCGGCGGAUGGGCAGAAACUGACGCAAAAUCAGCUACCGCACGAGAAUCGCAAGUCGGAUUGCUAUGCCAACAUUCUGCAAAAGGAGCGGCAACUGGAAGCAGCAGCUGUCAGUCAAACGCAUCACAACAAUAUCAGCAGCAGCAGCAGCGUUCAGGUCAAACCUGUUGCGCCCAGCACCAGCACAAAGCACUACGAGACUAUAAACUGCCCACCGUGUCAGCCGUCGAACAGCAACGAUCCUGGCUAUGAGCAGCUGCAGACGGCGCCCAACGAUGAUGAUGCCAAGAAGUCCGACUAUGAUCCCAACUAUGAGGUGUUGAAGAGUCGCGCUCAUUCGGAUGAUGGCUAUGCCAAGGUGCUGGAAAAGAAGCGUCCGCCCGGCGAUGUUGUGGACAGUAGUGGUGGCUACAGCACCAUACCUGGCGCCGAUGCGAAUCACAAUUAUGCCAGCAUACUCGAGACUAAGGCGCAUCUGGCACCGGCUGCAAACGAAACGGAUCAUUAUGCGCGUAUAGCUGAGAAUGUGGCGCUCACUUCGCCCCUCACGCCCAACUCAUCCUCCAUGGCGAACAGUUUGUCCAUGAUUACAGUGACCACCAGCACCAGCAUGGUGAGCAGCAUGAGCUCACAUCAGACGCCUAGUUCCUCGCAGUAUGAAUCACUUACGGGCACGGGCAGUGAAACGGAUCCCAACUACGAGUCGGUGUGUUAUUUAAAUGCCACAACAAUGACAACAACAACAACAUCUACUAACAACAGCAGCAACAACAGCAACAGCAACUGUAGCAGCAGCAGCAGUAACAACACGGAUAAUGGCUACGAGCGUCUGGAGUCCGAUAACAAUACGCAGGCGAGCAGCCCGCUGAGCACGCCCAGUGAACAGCAGCUGGUAGUGGAUGAUUACUUUCAGGUGUAGCUGUAACAACAGUAGCUGCAAACAGUAGUGAGCUGGAUCUCGUUGAACUAUAUUUACAAAACGCCCACAAACACGCACACGCACACCCUAGCAUUUUCUUUUGCCUAGCAAUUGCUUUUAUUAUUAUUUUUUUACUCAACGCACAUAUCACAUUGGAUGCACAGCAGCAAAAUUUUUGAUUAGAGUCCAUGGAACCCAAGAAUAACGCUGGGAUGUGUUGCAUGCAUUGUAUGCUGCUUCAUAUCGGUUCGCACUUUAGCCCUAGCCUAGCACUAAGUUAUAUAAAUAACAAGAACUUCAUGUACAAAGUAUUUGUAUGUUAAACUCGAUAAUUAUUUCCACGCGGCAGAUAAGCCUAUAUGCUUACACAUAUAUAUAGAUAGCUAUAUACUAUGAGUAAAUCUAAAUACCAGUGCGUCCUAAUUUAGUUAAAUUUAAUGCAAGAACAAAGGCGAAAAGUUUUCAAUUGAUUAGAAUACCGCGUUGAUAAGCAGAAAGAUAUUAAAAACAAACAAAAAACAAAGUAAGCAAAUCAAGGGGAGAUUACUAAAUUAUAGAUUGUAUAUUUUUAUAUGUUAGCAUUUUUUGCUGCUUUUUUACUUUAUUGAUGUCGCCUGGACAUACAUACGGACAUAUGUAUACCCAUUCAAUACGAUAACACACACACAUACGAUAACUGGCUGACAAGCCCAUGUUAAGAGUAAAAAACAAAAAAAAAUCAAGUAUUCGAACCACAAAUAACUAAGCUAAAAGUUGAAUAAAUUAUUGAUGACUGUCAA